AUGUUGGAAACGGAAUCAAACUACACAUCGAGCUCAGCCUCCUCGCCUAUGUUCGACGGACUCGCGGGCCUGGAAGACCUCGAGCAUUUCCACGACACCCAACCACAACGUCCAACGACGGCAGGGAUCCCCGACAGCGAUCGGUUUUCCCCCGAGUUAGCCUCCCUGCUGAAAAUUACCGAAACAGAGGAUCACCAGUGCCAGAGCAAAUCGGCUGACGAGGAGGAGGAUUCCGGUUCGGUGGGAAACGGAAGCGGAAGGACGGAGCGCGCCGACGAGGAUGGGACCGGCAACUCCAGCGAACCGGUCAUGGUGCCGUCGGACCCGUGCGAAUGGAACCCGAGUCACGUGUCGAGUUGGCUGUCGUGGUGCGCCAGGGCGUUCUCUCUGGAGCCAGCCCCGGUGCCCCGAUUACUGGGCGACGCGUCCGGUCGCGACAUUCUCGGUUGGAGCUUGGAACGGUGGCAGGAGCUUUCACCGAGGUGCGGUCGAGUGCUCGCUCGGCACCUGGGCUACCUCAGGCUGCAGGCCUCGGGGCACAGGACCGGGGCCCUCGCUCAGGAAGAAAAGUCCAGCAAUCGUGAAAGGUUCGGCCUCCUGCAGCGCACGUGUUCGCUGAUUGGUGCCGGCAAGGCCACCUCGCCGGGGGCGUCCCUCGGCGGCGGCCAAGUCCAGCUGUGGCAGUUCCUUCUGGAGCUACUCGCCGAUUCGUCAAACUCGUCGUGCAUUGCGUGGGAGGGCUCGAAUGGCGAGUUCAAGCUCACAGAUCCGGACGAGGUGGCGCGCAGGUGGGGCGAGCGCAAAAGCAAGCCAAACAUGAACUACGACAAACUCUCCAGGGCUCUCAGGUACUACUACGACAAAAACAUCAUGACAAAGGUGCACGGCAAACGGUACGCGUACAAGUUCGACUUCCACGGGUUGAUGCUGGCCUGCCAAGCCCACCAAGCGGGUACACCGGGGUCAGUCGGGCUCGAGCCGUCCAACAGGUCGGUUAGGCCCCAACCGGCGCACCACCACCCGCAUGACCUGCAUCAGCACCGUGUUUAUGCACCCUCGGCGAGCGCGACGUCCACAGGAGCUGUGCCCCAGCACCGUCAUCCGACGCUCGUUGCCGCGGGUUUGCGGGCGCAGCCACCACCGCCCCCACCGCAAUUUUAUUACAGAUACUUACCAUCGGCGUAA